CCGGACUACACACUGCUAGCCCUGGAUCAAGAAAGUCUCAUCACGGCCGCCAGAGCGAGAUUCCAGGAGCUAGGUGAAGAAAAUCCAUGGUGGAUAGUGGACGUGUCCGUCGACCGCAACGCUAACCCCACUGGCAUGGCUGCUGACACAGAUCAAGGUCACCCUGGAUCUCUUGAUCAGGAGCUUAUUCGCACGCUUCGAGAAAAUUUCCACAAAGAACGAUUUCCCUGCGACGGGCGCAUCUACCAAAGUAUUCGUUUCUACCAAGGCGCGACUGGUGGGCGUCGUAAUCAAAUCGCCGAGAACUUCUGGUGGGCGGUCCUACAGAGCGAGCCUGGCAGCCGAAAAGCCGACUACCUGCGUGCACUUCCUCAACCCCUGGUGGACGGAUUCGAUGCACUUCUGCCCAUAAAGGGCCUCUGGGCCGAUAUGAGUAUUGGUGUCUUGCACAAGCUGAGAGCCAUGCGAUGUAACAAGGUGGUGCUACUCGUCUCUACCCAAGUUCGUGUCGUCGAUGGAAAGAUACUAAUCCGAUAUCCCAUAAUUUGUUACUUGAACUACAUCCAGCGCGUUUUCUCUAACCUGGUAGGAGGGCAGGUGGAUCUCCUUUCCCAAAUCGAUGCGAUGACGGUUCACCUAUUGCAGUCCCGAGCGCCUGGGGUCUCAGCCCGGGACUUGAAUUUCCUCCGCCUGAAACAAAAUAGACUCUUUAAGUACAUCGACUGCGAACGAGACCGUGAUGCAAUCUGGCAGAGAAUGGAGCGGAUUCAUCUCCCCAUCCCGACACUGAAGACCUUCUUCCAGGAUAUCCUCUUCCUCGAUGUCGGACAGAGCGUAAUGCGCCAACUCUGUCGUAGCCCUUUAACGGCGACGCGAUCAAUUGACCAAGCUUUGGAAGAACAAUACAUUGUAGAAUCAGGAGGACUCGGGUACAAUCUGUCAAGAAUUUCUGGAAGUCGGUUCCGGUCGGGACUCUGGAAUCUUUGGCGAUUCAGCCAUCAGUUCGCUUUCGAGCUGACAACGCAGAAGGACCAUCAUCGCCGCGUGCCUCGGAAAAUGGAGGAUAUAGAGCGUGCACAAGAAUAUGGGCUCCAUGAAAUCCCCAUUGCAGAGAUGGUUCCCUCUCUCCGAUUCCACUUCUUCGGCCUAGCCCGUCUCCACGGGAUUCAUCCUUCGGUGUCUGUCGACGACACGGAGAGAGCUAUAUCUGAGAUCCCCUUGCAGGUGCAAUCCGAUUUCCCGCCAGAGGAGGACCAAGAUAUAGAUCUGGAACGGCGCUGUGGCAAGCCUUUCACCGACUCUAUUGAAGCCGACCGAUACGCGCUCUCCGAGUCGCUCGCACAUCCUACUAUCCAAGUACGUGUCAGCGCGGUUUCGGUGCGACAGUCCGUAUUUAAUGCCUUUUUUUCAUAUCUCCUUCCCCAAGAGACUAUCAGUCAGGAGGGUAGCGAUUUUUGGCGGGAAUCUGAUGCUGGUGUGACUGCGGGACCUGAAUCUUUUAACCUGGCACCUGAAACUUACGAACAGGUGCAUCCGUCUCCCGUUCGCCCACCUAGGACCCCCGCAAACUUUGAGCCCCUGCAGCCGAACUACAGCCCGAUUUUGGGCGAUCCUUUCUCUCAUUCAGAACAGUUGCACUCUGUCCAGAUCACGCACUUCAGAUUCGAGAUCCCAAGCUUCCGGGAGGGGGCUAUUUGGCUUCCCUAUAAUCGAGGCGCUCUAGACGCAUUUUUCGAACAUCUAAGUACAUAUGACUUCCAUUUCUAUUUUUUUCCAGAUGAGGAGAGACCCCUGUCACGCCAAGGAGAUAGGACGCUCAGUCAUUGGGAAUGUGCUUCGCAUUACAUGUUAUUUCCUUUCUCGACUAUACGCGCCGUUUACUGUCGAGGAUGUCUUCUUCACCCUAUUUAUUCAAUUGGACAUACAAUGACAGGCCAACUUCAAGGGAGUGAUAGCUAA